AUGCACUGGCAGACGUGUGUGUUACUGUUGUGUGUGACGGCCAUAUUGGCGGACGACGAAUGGCGGGAAGUAAAAACUGCGCAAGGGCCUGUGCGCGGUCGCAAGCACCCUACGGAGGAUAUAUACACAUUCUAUAAUAUACCUUACGCCACAGCACCUGUCGGCGUUGACAGAUAUAAGGCUCCCUUACCUCCUCCAGUUUGGUCGGAACCAUACGAUGCUGUUAACAAAAAUAUCGUUUGUCCACAAGUCAAUCUUCCGAUGUUUGAAAGUAGCACAAAUCUUUUGGUGCGACAAGAAAAUUGCCUUAUUGCUAACGUAUAUGUACCAAAAACCAACAAAAAUAAUCUUUCGGUCGCAGUAUAUGUUCACGGAGGAGGUUUCGUGGUUGGCUGGGGAGAAAUGUUAAAAUACACUCAGUUCAUGAAAACAAAAGAUGUAAUUGUCGUUACUUUCAACUAUCGGGUAGGAGUACAUGGCUUCCUUUGUCUGGGUAGUGAAAUGGCGCCAGGCAACGCUGGAAUGAAGGACCAAGUAGCAUUGCUGCGUUGGGUGCAAAAGAACAUAGCCAGCUUUGGUGGUAAUCCAGAUGAUGUUACAAUUUUAGGAUACAGUGCGGGAUCUGCAUCAGUUGACCUGUUAAUGCUAUCUAAGUCCACUGAAGGAUUGUUCCACAAAGUUGUACCAGAAAGUGGAGGAAGUCUUGCCGCAUUCUCAAUUCAAAGUGACCCUAUAGAAAUCGCCAAAACAUAUGCCAAAAUACUGAAUUUCACUGACGUAGACGAUAUAACUGCUUUAACAGAGUUCUACACAACGACUCCACUGGAUGUCUUGACUUCUACAAGCGCUGUUUUUGGUAGACCCGAUUCUACUUUUCUAUUUGCUCCGUGUGUGGAACGUGAUAUUGGUGAAGAAAUGUUUUUGGCAGAAUCUCCUCGGAAAAUUCUGUCGGAAGGAAACUACAAGAAGCUACCUGUCCUUUAUGGUUUUGCUGAUUUGGAAGGAUUGAUGCAUUUUCAAUAUUUUGAAGAUUGGAAAAACAAAAUGAACGAAAAAUUUUCUGAUUUUUUGCCAGCUGACUUAAAAUUUAAAUCUGAAGAGGAGAGAGAAGAAGUCGCUACGAAGAUUAAACAAUUUUACUUCGGUGAGAAGCCGGUCAGUGAAGAGACCAUCUUAGGAUGCGUUAAUUACUUUUCCGAUGUUUUAUUUACUAAUGCAAUGCUUUGGGCAACAAAGUUACAAGUGGAAGCUGGCAAUAAUCAAAUAUAUUUGUAUGAAUACUCUUUUGUAGAAGAGAGCACACCAAUAGUACCAUAUACCAAUGUUAGAGGUGCUAACCAUUGUGAUCAAUCGAUAGCUGUAGCCGAUGGUACAAAUUUUGGACAACCAGAUGAAUCAAAAGCGACUCCUGAAUUUAUGAAAAUGAAAAGGAUAAUGCGAGAAAUAUGGCACAACUUUAUUAAAACUGGAAAUCCUGUGCCUGAAGGUUCGUCACUGCCUGCGUGGCCCGCGGCCGGCGUUGACAGGUCACCCCACAUAUCGCUGGGUCAGAAGAUAGAGCUGCGUGGCGUACUGCUAGAAGAAAGAACACGCUUCUGGGAAGACAUCUACCAGAGAUACUACCGGGAGCCUGUACCACCAUCAACGCCACCACACACACCACGCACUGAGUUGUAA